AUGCCUCCUCACAAGAAAGCCAAGACAGAAUAUAUUUACCCAUCCACCCUUAGAACCGUUUCAGUUCAUAGCAUCACCAGUAAACAGCAUCCAUUAAAUGUCAAACCAGCUGGAAAUUCAUUACUUGCAACCGAUCCAGAUUUGCUUGAAAAACGCAAACAACUCUUGGGAAAACUAAGUAUCCUUCCAAAUGAGCUCAUUUUAUUGAUCAUAUCUUACAUCCCAGAUGCAAAAACACUUUUAUCCAUCUCGCAUACUUCUAGAAUUUUAUAUGCACUAAUAUCCGAUGACGAAAACUGGAAACAAAUAUAUGUGCGUAAUAUUGCUGAAUAUGAUAAUCGGCCAUGGCUUGGGUCAUGGCGCAAUACUGUGUUGGGUAUCCCGUGGAGUGACAAUGCCAAUUUACAGUUGGAGAGUAAUUUACUAUGCUGCGAUGAGAUAUAUCGACCGGUACAAUGUUCGCAGAUUGAUUAUAAAAAACUAUUUGCCAAAAUUUUAGUCGAGGAAGAAACAUAUCAUCGCGAUUCGCUCUUGAACCAAUUGGGCAAAUUGCCAAAGGGUAGGAUCUUGAGAAUUGCAGAGUCAGAAUUGGACGUGGACGAAUUUAACACUAUAUACCAUAAUACACCAUUCAUUCUCACCAAUAAUGAUACUACAAGAAGGUGGCCGCAAUGGACAUUUGAGCUGCUUUUCCAGCGGUUCCCACAUGUGAAAUUUAGACAAGAGGCAGUUAGUUGGGACUUGGAAAAGUAUUCGCAGUACCUCAAGCAUAAUUGCGAUGAAAACCCAUUGUAUUUAUUCGAUUGCAAUAGCGACGCCAUGAAGCAGCUAAAAAGGGAAUAUGAACCACCAAAGAUUUUCCAAGAUGAUUUAUUUAAAUUGUUUCAACAAACAAAUCUUGGGUUCAAUUGCAGGCCUGACCAUGCAUGGUUGAUUAUGGGAUCAGCUAGAUCAGGUUCGACCUUCCACAAAGAUCCCAACUCGACUUCGGCGUGGAAUGUUGCUAUUCAAGGACGUAAAUUGUGGAUUAUGUUGCCUCCAAAUGUGCAACCACCGGGUGUUUCAACUGAUGACGAAGAGAGCGAAGUAACUUCUCUUGUGGGUAUUGCCGAGUGGGUGAUUUCCGGUUUCUACAAUGAUUCAGUUAGACUUGAUGAAGUGCAAAUUGGAGUAACAUUCCCUGGAGAGUGUAUGUAUGUACCAGCUGGAUGGUGGCAUAGUGUUAUCAAUAUUGAUGAUUCGAUUGCUAUAACCCAGAACUUUGUGCCGCAAUCGAAGUUGCCACAUGUGUUGAAUUUCUUUAAAAACAAACCAAAGCAAAUUAGCGGGUUCAGAAUCAAACAAGUCAAGCAGUGUCUCGAUGUGUUGGUUAAAAAAAGCACUGAGGAUGUAGGAUUAUUAAACUAUGUGGAGCAAUUGAAUAAUAAAUUGAAUAAUAAAUUGAAUAAUAAAUUGGGUCUGGAUGGAGAAACGGUGGUGAUGAUUGAUGAUGAAGAGGAUUGUGGUGAGAUUACAGAUUUGCCACAGUUGCCAAUAUUUGAGAUAUUCAAGCAAUUAUUAGUUAAUGAUGGCAAGGAAGAGAUGGUGAAUGAUGCUUUACAGACUGUACAAAGAUGGGAAGAAAAAGCGUACAUGAACGAAACUGGACGAAGCAAGGCAUGGGAGAAAUUGACUGAAGUGAAUGAGACCUCGGCCUUUUCUUUUGGUUUUAGUGAAAGUGACUCUGAAUAG